GUCUUAUCGGCUAUGAAAUCGUUAGCCCCUUCUGUUUCGACCAAAUAGUCUCACAAAACACAAAACAAAAGCAUUGACGUCGUGCUCUCGCCAAAUUCCGCCGCCGUCGCCUUAAAUAAACACAAAAUAGCAAAAUUCUAGGUGAUACGAGCCGACGACGACGAAAAAUCUAGAGAGACCCCUUAUAUAAUUCGGCAGUAAAGGAGACAGGCCCCUAAUCCCGACAAGAUGUUGCGAAUGCUGAGAAGUUCUUCCUCCAGGUGCUCCAAUCUGCAGCAAAGCGUGGUGAAGAGCUGCACUCGAAGUCUGGGAUCUGUUAUACCAGCACUAAACCUUAAGGAUUUUCCAAUCGUAAAUGAGCCGAUCCUGACAUAUCGCAAGGACUCAAAGGAGCGUAAGGCCCUGGAGCAGGCUCUGAAGGGCACGGCCUCGAGCUGCGAGGAGAUUCCCAUUGUGAUUGGAGGCAAAGAGUACAAAACGUCGGAGGUGCGCUACCAGGUAAUGCCCCACGACCAUCAGCACAAGCUGGCUAGCUUCUACUACGCCGACAAGAAACUCAUUGAGAAGGCUAUCAAAACGGCAGUGGAAACGCAGCCCAAGUGGGACCGUGUGCCCAUUGCAGACCGUCUCAAGAUCUGGGAAAAGGCAGCUGAUCUUAUGGCGACGACGUACCGCCAGGAACUGAAUGCUGCCACCAUGCUGGGACAGUCCAAAACGGCUAUCCAGGCGGAAAUAGAUUCGGCAGCGGAGCUGAUCGACUUUGUACGAAUGAAUGCCUACUUCCUGAAGGAGGUCACCAAAUAUCAGCCCAUUAGCGAGGAUAUCAAAGUCACGAAGAACUCUUUGCGAUAUCGUGGCAUUGAUGGCUUCAUCGCCGCAGUCAGCCCUUUCAACUUUACAGCCAUUGGUGGCAAUUUGUCCUACACCCCAGCUUUGAUGGGAAACGGUGUGCUGUGGAAACCGUCGGACACUGCCAUGCUGUCCAACUGGCUAAUUUUCAAAAUUAUGCGUGAAGCGGGAGUGCCCGACGGAGUCGUUAACUUUGUGCCUGCCGAUGGGCCCGUGUUUGGGGACACCAUUACCGCCAGUCCCCACUUGGCCGGCAUCAAUUUCACCGGCUCAGUGCCAACCUUCAAUCGGCUGUGGAAGCAGGUAGGCAACAACAUUGACAACUACGUCAACUUUCCCCGCUUGACUGGCGAGUGCGGUGGCAAGAAUUUCCACUUCAUACAUGCAUCAGCCGAUGUUGAGUCGGUAGUGACAUCCACAAUACGUUCGGCAUUCGAGUACUGCGGUCAGAAGUGUUCCGCCUGCUCGCGAAUGUAUGUGCCGGAAUCUCUGUGGCCACAGAUCAAGGAAGGCCUGUUGUGCGAAGCGUCGAAGCUGAAGAUUGGAGACGUUCAAGACUUCAGCAGCUUCACGUCGGCUGUGAUUGAUGACAAAGCAUUUAAACGCAUUACGGGAUACAUUGAGCAUGCUAAACAGUCGUCGAACUUGGAGAUUCUUGCCGGCGGCACUUACUCGGACAGCAAGGGGUACUUUGUCAAUCCGACCAUUGUCCUAAGUAAGGACCCCAAGGACCGCAUCAUGACCGAGGAGAUUUUCGGCCCUGUUCUAUCGAUCUAUGUGUACAAGGAGUCUGACCUCCUAGAGACCAUGAAGCUUGUGCACACCUCAACAAAGUUUGCUUUAACCGGAGCAGUAUUCGGCCAAGACGAGGACUUCGUCAAGUGCGCCCUUCAGGAGUUCAAAAUGGCCGCUGGAAACUUCUACAUCAAUGACAAGUCCACCGGAUCUGUGGUGGGUCAGCAGCCAUUCGGCGGUGGUCGAAUGUCCGGCACAAAUGACAAGGCCGGAGGACCUCAUUACAUUCUGCGCUGGACCUCUCCGCAAUCCAUCAAGGAGACAUUUGUACCCCUACGUGACGUUAACUACCCAUACAUGUGCGAAUAAGCUGGAUGAAUUGGGAUGUGAAUGGGGAGUGGGAAGGUGAUUAGGAGAAGCAGAACAGACAGGAAUCUCAUAUAACUACUAACUAUAUAAAUAUAUAUAAAUGUAUUUUGUUGAAAUAUUUUUAAACACCACCCCAAGCCCCGACCCCGUAACAACUAUGUAGUUCACAUAGCAACGCACUCUAUGAAUCUCGAAAAAACCCAUGAGAAUGCCUCGAAAAAGUUGUAAAUUGAUAUGCUGAUACCUUUCGAACCACAAACACACCGUGACAUCGAUAUUUUAAAUGAAUACUAUAUAAUAUCAUUAUUUUAAAGUACGAUUUAUACACAAUGUGAUUAUUUAAUUAUAUGUUUUUUAAUUACAUGGUCCUCCUUUUGUUUUUAUCUGUAAUCUGUAAAGAUAUUAUUUGUAUACGGUUAGACCCUUUCCAGUUACGAACUACAUAAUGCGCGUCUAUGUACACACCUAUGUAUGUGAAAGCAAACACUUGACAAUACAUUUUGAUUACUAGAUGUGAAAGAUCAUGAAGAGAUAAAGUGAAACCUAGUUACAUAUACCGUAAGCAUCAAAUUCAUAUUAAUAAAUAUUUAAAUUCCAAAA